GGUCAUUAAAAAUGACAUUACCCCACCAGAAUGACAUUAUCUCGAAAAGUGGUGAAGUCAAUAUGUCGAUUCCGGAGAGUGAUUGUAAUGAAAUUGGUGGUGCUGUUUUGAAAUCUUUUAUCACAACCUAUGAAAAACUACAUGUAUUGUGGAAUCCUACAGAUCCCAAUUAUAAAAAUAAAAUAAAAAGGAAUGCCGCGCUCAUAAAGUUGCAAGCAAUCUACGUAAAAUGUAAACCUGGGGCGACACUAUCUGACGUUAGACGCAAAAUCAAUACACUAAGAAGUAAUUAUAGAAAAGAAUUGAACAAAAUCGAGGAGUCGAAAAGAUCAGGAGCUGCAACCGACAAUGUGUAUAUACCGUCAUCAUGGGUUUUUCACGCAUUGAAAUUUCUAAACAUACUUGAGCAACCUGCUGACCAUUGGGACUCACAAAUACUAUUCGAUGUAGAGAUGAACGAUGAAGAAGAUGAAAAGCGCUCCCAAAUACAAGCAACACCUUCAACAUCACGUUCAUCGAUAGUGCCGCCUCCUGAACCCGUGCCCAAAAGGGCCAGGAAUAUCGAUCCUAUUGCUCGACAAAAUAAGCUGUUGCAAAAAGCUUGUGCUUAUUUGGAUUAUCGCUCCAAUAGUAAUGCCCAAACAGAAAUCCCCACUAUCGCCAAAGCUUGGGGUGAAAAACUUCUACAAUUACAUCCCCAGCAGAGAGAUUUUGCAGAGAAAGCAAUUAAUGACAUUUUAUUUGAAGCGAGUCAGGGUACAUUAUAUAGAAAUUCUGUAAAAAUCGAAGUCGGUUUCCCAUGCCAUAGUUCGUCGGCAAAGGGUAGUGUGCUUAUGGGACAUCACGUCAACAAAAAGAAUCCACUUUUGUGA